AUGGACCCAAAGACGCCUCCAGAUGUCCCCUGGAUGGGGCGCGGAGGAGGACUGCAGCCUCAGGAGCCGGCUAUGGGACGAAGUAGAGGACUGCUGCUCUCUAGAGAAGGGUUCAGUGUAGGAAGAGCCAGAGGUUUCCCCACUCCCAGCGAUACCCUCGGACUAGGAUUAGCUCUACCCGCUGCUGAUCCAGUGUUCGGCCGAGCCAGAGGUCUGCUCUUCCAGGCCGCUGAGCCAAAGGUUGGGGUUGCAAGAGGUGGAAUCCUUCCUCCUGUGGAGCCGCAACAACAACCUCCAGGUGAACCCACGACUGAAGACCCCACUCCGACAACAAAAGAGGUUGAUGCACCUUCACUCGGUCCAGGGUCAACACUGGUCUCAAUGUUUAGAGGAAUGGGCAUCGACCUCUCCAUGGCCUCCUGGGGCAGAGGAGCACCAGCACUGGGUCUGUAUUAA